UCAUUACAUUGGCUGGUUCGUUAUCAUGUGGUGGGCGUGGGCAGGUCAAACGUUUUGGGCCGCUCGAUUUGACAUGGAUGAUCUGUUUACAAAAGUUACAAUGCUGAUUGAAUUUUGUGCGCUUAUUUCCUUUGGAGCGUUUUCGGUCGAUCAUCUGGACCGUACCUCGACCGGAUUUAUUGGAAGUUACAUUGUUUUAAAGGGCGUCUUGGCUAUUGAAUACGGCAAUGUCCUUUACUGGGCUCGAAAAGAAUCGGUCCAAGAAAUCAUUAACACCGCUAUGGUUACAGAUCGGAAGCAAUGUUUUGGCAAUGUUGAUCUGGGGACUCUCAAUGCUCGUACACAGUAUGGCCUGGCGCUACGUGAUGUGGUAUUUUACGAUUGUUGUGGAAAUUAUAGUUUUAGUGGCGUUUGGACGACGCACAUCUGUCACCUUUGCUGGAAGCCAUCUACCAGAGCGAUUUGCAUUGUUUACUAUCAUUGUCUUGGGAGAGAAUAUCAUUGAUUAUAGGCUUGGGCGCUGGCACGAGCUCUUGGACAAGGGGAACAAGCCCGUUCUUGUAAUGUGUGAAACAAUUUUAUAUCUCUUACCUCUUAGGCCCCUAAUUAGAAGAAUUAGAAAAAAUUACCUAACUCACCCACACACUAUUUUGAAUCCUCUUCCGGAUCCUUCUAGGAUUUUAUUCUUGUUAACCACAGUGAUCCUGUAUGCAUUAUGGUGGAUCUAUUUUGACGACUUUUCAGAAGAUGUAUUUCACAAGACAACGACACUCUCUCAACUCUGGGCAUAUCUCCAUUUGCCAUUUCAUGUUUGUAUUGUGUUGGUGGAACAGGCGCAUUGGAUUUGAUCCGCCUUUAUAAACUAGAGAACCAUAUCACAGAGAUGACCAUAGGCUCUUCUC